GGGCGCGGCUCGUUGUGACGCCUCAGGAGCCUGCGAGCGAGCGGCCAUGGCAGGGCGGGCGUGUGGCGAGGCUCUUCUCCUUCUCCUGCUCCCGCCGCUGCUCACGGCCCUGCUGGAUGCGGAGCUGCCGGGCUCCGGGGACGAGAGCGAGAGGGCGGAGCCGGAUCUGAAUGCCCUUGAGUCCACAGCGCUAGAGUUUGGAGAAUGCACAGUUACAUGUGGGAUUGGCAUUCAAGAAAUUCUGUUAACAAGUGGAUGCCCUGGGGAUGAAGCAAAAUGUAUUGUUGGUGUGAAGGAAUGCCAUGGGCCAGUGGACUGUGGAUGGGGAAGACCAAUUUCUGAGAACUCUUCAAGCGUAAUGAUGACUUGUAUAUAUAUCUCUCCUGAAAAUCGAUUUAAAUAUGUUUGGAAAAUCUUAACUUCAGACAAGCCAGCAAGCAUUCUUCCCAAUGAUUCAGCUGUUGUGGUAGUACACAGAGAUACGCGUUCAGUUACUUAUCAGUGUGAAACUCAAGAAAAUGGAAGUAUAAUUGCCUCUGUAAAAUACACAGUGAAUGCAACAACUGAACUGAAAACAAAACAACCAAUGAGAAAAGAAAGAGGACAGUCAAGGAGAAGAAGGGCAGAUGGCAUUCUGAUCUUUUGCGUCAUUACUGCAGUCAUUAUGACCAUUGGUGUGAUCUUUGUCGUAAUCUUUAUAAUUCUUCGCUGGGCUGUUGUCAAAACUGACUUGGAAUCAACAAAUGGUCAAGAUGACAAAAAGCUGACCAACCAAAGUUCAGUGAGUACCAUGGAAUAAGUAGACUCUCGCUCAGUCAGUGUUGGCUUUCAAGGUGUUGGAGCUCCUGCACAUGCAUCUACUGUGAUCUCAGUAACUUCAUUAGCCACAAUACAAGAAGUGCCAGAAGUCCUUCCAGCACUUGCAUAAUGAACAGAUUUAAUUAAAAUAAUAAUAAUAAAAAAUUAAAAAAAAAAAUCAGAUUACACAGAAGCAGUAUAUAAAGAA